AAAGGUAUCACUGUGUAGUUUACUCAUAAUAACAUUGAGGAUUUAGAGAAAAGAGCCUUGUUUUACAUAACUGAACGUUGGGAUAUUACACGUAUUUCACAGGGUUAUUUGAGAAAUCAAUGGGAUAACAGAUGUGAAAUGCCUAACACACCAAUUGGACAUAGUAGGUUUAUUCCACCAAAGGCUAUAUGCAGCAUAAGAUGUAAUCAUGGUCGCAGGGAAUUGAGAGUCACUGGAGCAGGGAAAAAUUAAUCACAACAAAUUCCACCGUGGUCAGUUAUUCAUUCAGAAGUAAUGAACAAUUUAGAGAGAAGCAUGAAGAGUGCAAAGUUGCAUUAAAAUGAAGCUUUAUCCUUUCGUUGGUUGUCUGGAAGUAGAAUCAAAUAGGAAAAGGCUGGCAAAUGACAGCAAAUUUUUUUUUUAUCUUUAGAACUGCCCUCACAAUUGCCAUUUUUCAUACUUCUUUGCUUGCAUUAAUUUACUCUGAGCUGUUCCUUUUGUGAAGAUUUUUUAAAAACUACAUUGUUCUAAUGAGAGAAGGCAGCUUUAAUAUGUUGAACUUCCUAAUGAAGUUGAAGUCACCCUUGAAGUAUGCCUGUCUGCACCUGACAUUCCUUCCUCGGGCAGGACCCCUCCCUGUGAAUAAGAGGAAAGGCUUGGCCAAUUACCAUAGACAAAGCCGGACAGCUGCCGAGCCCAGCUGGGAGGAGUUUCCUUCUCUGAGCCAAGCUGGUACAGUCUCGGGGCAAGGGGGGUGGGCUGUUGCCAAGUCUUUCUGUUCACACUGCCUCACCCAGUGGAUUACCUGAGUUGGAGGUGGGAAAAGGGAUAUUGCUCUUUGCAUGAGAUCCUCCUCCACUGAGAGGACUUUAGGGUGGGAGGAAUUGUUGCAGUUGCCAGUUUUCUACUAGAGGCAGAAGCUUUCGGAGCCCUUGCACCAUUCCUCCUCCCACACAGACCAGAACAUCAGGUCGGUCGUCCCAGGAAUCGCAGGUGGCACCACAGCGGCAUCCUGAGAUAAUGGUUUGGUGGGAAGGGAAGGGGUGGUCCUUCUGUGUGGACCCCUUACGGCUGACUCACAGGAAGUGCUAGCAGAGCUUGGCAAUGGGUGAAGCCGCUCCAGGAUUCCACCCCUCCCUGCCUCGGCCGGCCCGCCCUCUCUGACAGAGGCUUUGCAGUAUCUCCCCAUAGAACAAUGAAGUGGUUACAAGUCUGUUAAGACUCUCAAGGAAAUUCUUUGGACUACUAUGACAGUCUUCAAAAUGUUUUGCCACCGACUUUUCCAAGAAGCUGUUUUUUAAAACCUCGUCCCUUCGUGGAUUGCUUUGUCUGAAGAUUGCUCAGGGUGACCAUGGUCCAGCGCUUUAGCCUCAGGAGGCAGCUAUCCAAGAUCGAGCGGUUGGAAGUAAGCAGCCUCGCCCAGACUUCCAGUGCAGUGGCCUCCAGCACCGAUGGCAGCAUCCACACAGACUCUGUGGAUGGAACACCAGACCCUCAGCGUACAAAGGCUGCUAUUGCUCACCUGCAGCAGAAGAUCUUGAAGCUCACAGAACAGAUUAAGAUUGCACAAACAGCCCGGGAUGACAACGUUGCUGAGUACUUGAAGCUUGCCAACAGCGCAGAUAAGCAGCAGGCUGCCCGCAUCAAGCAGGUCUUUGAGAAAAAGAACCAGAAAUCUGCCCAAACCAUUCUCCAGUUGCAAAAGAAGCUUGAGCACUACCACAGGAAGCUCCGAGAAGUGGAACAGAAUGGGAUUCCCCGGCAGCCAAAGGAUGUCUUUAGGGACAUGCAUCAGGGUUUGAAGGAUGUGGGGGCAAAGGUGACUGGCUUCAGUGAAGGUGUGGUAGAUAGUGUCAAAGGUGGACUUUCCAGCUUCUCCCAGGCAACCCAUUCAGCAGCAGGAGCCGUGGUCUCAAAGCCCAGAGAGAUUGCCUCACUAAUUCGGAAUAAAUUUGGCAGUGCAGACAACAUCCCUAACCUGAAGGACUCUUUAGAAGAAGGGCAAGUGGAUGAUGGGGGGAAGGCUUUAGGAGUGAUUUCAAACUUUCAGUCAAGCCCAAAAUAUGGUAGUGAGGAAGAUUGUUCUAGUGCCACUUCAGGCUCAGUGGGAGCCAACAGCACCACUGGAGGCAUCGCUGUAGGAGCAUCUAGCUCCAAAACAAAUACCCUGGACAUGCAGAGCUCAGGAUUUGAUGCACUACUACAUGAGAUCCAGGAGAUCCGGGAAACCCAGGCCAGACUAGAGGAAUCCUUUGAAACCCUCAAGGAACAUUAUCAGAGGGACUAUUCAUUAAUAAUGCAGGCCUUACAGGAAGAGCGAUAUAGAUGUGAACGACUAGAAGAACAACUAAAUGACCUAACAGAGCUCCAUCAGAAUGAAAUCUUGAACCUGAAGCAGGAAUUGGCCAGCAUGGAAGAGAAAAUUGCAUAUCAGUCCUAUGAACGGGCCCGGGACAUCCAGGAGGCCCUGGAGGCGUGCCAGACCCGCAUCUCCAAGAUGGAGCUGCAACAGCAGCAGCAGCAGGUGGUACAGCUGGAAGGGCUAGAGAAUGCCACUGCCCGGAACCUACUGGGCAAACUCAUCAACAUUCUUCUGGCUGUCAUGGCAGUUCUUUUGGUCUUUGUCUCCACAGUAGCCAACUGCGUGGUUCCUCUAAUGAAGACGCGCAACAGGACGUUCAGCACUUUAUUCCUUGUGGUUUUCAUUGCCUUUCUCUGGAAGCACUGGGAUGCCCUCUUCAGCUAUGUGGAACGGUUCUUUUCAUCCCCCAGAUGAUGCUGGCAAAAGAAGGCAGUGCUCCCCUACCCUCUGGCGAGUGCAUGCAGCAAAGAAUUAGACAGCAACUUACCUACUCUGAAGUUUUCUACAACAACAGAAGAGUUGAGUGAAUCUGUUUACAUUUAGAAUAAUGUUUUUUUUCUUCAAGAGACGCAAUUGCAAUAGUAUUUUUUAGAUUUUAUCCAAGAAGUUUUUUGGGCGAAAAUCUUGGAUCAUUUUUAUGUAGCAUGAUUUUCCUUGGGAUGCAAAUCUUAAACAGUCCUUUAACAUGAACCAACAAUCUGGAGCACACUGAAGGGCAUCGAAAUUGUGGCUUGAAGGACUGCACUAAAACCCACUAAAAAGAUGUGAAACCUGAUUAGGGAAACUGGUUAAACCUAACACCCUGCCUUGUCUGGGCUCACCACCUCUUUUCCUCCCAGACUAACUCUACUGUGAAAUUGUACCACAUUCCAUGUCUGAAUUUUUGAAUUCAGGGUGGAUUUUCCUUGUCCAUGGAAGAACAUAUGAAUCUCCCUGGCUUUUUCACCCGAGUUGGCCGCUCACACUAACGCUGGAAGUAUGAUCGCUUUUGAACCUGGUCCCUUAACCUUUGCUAGGAUGCAAAAGUGAGAACAUCGUGCCCCACAGGAUCACCACACAGUCCUACUACAGUAUUUUGAAGUAGCCCUCCAAAUACUUAAUUUUAAGCAAAAUCCCAUGGCCGCACUUUUAAGUUGUUUUUUUAAUAUGUGUAUAGUCACCAAUUUAAAAAAACAAAAAGUCCAAACAGCAUACUUGAAGAAUGUACUACUCAAACUCUCAGUGCUUCCUUAUGGUUUCUAAUAGGAUUUUUUUAUUAUUGUUAUUAUUAUUAUUGGGUUUUUUGGGAAAGGGUUGGGAGGGUCUUUUAUUUUUCCUUUGAAAUAAAGAAGUGAUGUUUUUAAAUGAAGAAACGUGUGGAUAUUUAAGUGUGCUGCUCCCUCCUGUCAUGAAACAGUUUGAGUAAGGGAAGACUCGCUGUAAAUGCUGCCCUCCAAUACCCUUGUUUUGCGAUGCAGCUUAAACUCCCUCUUCUGGCUGCUGCUGCUGCUGCUUUUUGGUGUUUGCCGCCCCUCCCCCCACCACUUCCUGGGCUUGGCUUGGUUGGAGAGGGAAGGGGUGUGCAGGGAGAAGCUCGGUAGGGUAGACAUUUUUUGCCCCGAGUAAAUGAUCAGUCUGACUUUGGGCUGGGGUUUGGCUUUAGGAAAAAGCAAGACUGUUUAAGAGAGUCAUAAAUAAUUCCUUGUGUUUCCUUAAUUUAUUUUUUAACACCCUCUAAUUACUGAAACCAAAGUGAUUUUGAAUCUUCUGUCUACAUUUUGGCCUCUGCAUCCUUAAUUUCAAAGCUUUAUUUUGUCUGCCUGAGAGAAUCCACUGAAGGUGAUUCUCAUUAAAGAGCAGAGGAGAUAUCAGGUUAGAAGGAACCAAGUUUGGGGUGUAAAAUGCUGUCAGUUUUCUAUGUAUAUAGGCUGACUUAUUAACAUAACUAUGCUCAGUGGACUUUUAUAGACAGUUCUAAAAAAUGGACUGAGACUUCUUCCUUAUCCUAUAGCCAGUUCCACCAUCCUGGUAGAACUUGUGCUUUCAGAGCUUAUUUAGAAAGUCUGGCUAAUCUUUUCAUGUCUGUAGUGUUGAAUCAAAAUGUUGUUCCCUCUUGGCCUCAGCCCUGUGCAACCAAGUGAUGAGCAAGGGGCACAAGAUGUGCCCUCAGAAUAAUAGCAGAACAUGCUUUGCCUAUUUCCCCCAUCCCCAGGAAAUUCCUUUGAAACCAGAUUAGCAUUGCCUUGCCCCUCUGAAAGCGUGGUUUACACGACAGCUCCAGCCUCCUGGGGUUUGGCAGGCUGGCCUUCUCAGAGUCAGCAUGUUGUUACCAUAAUCAUUUCGAUAUUUUAACUCAGGUACCCCAGACUUCAUUCCAUUCCCAGAUGACUGUAGCACACCUGUUAGUUCUGUUGACCUCUCAAAAUUAGUGCCCAGAGCAGGGACCAGGGUUAAUUUUUUUUUUUUUAAUCACGGGGUGAUUUUUUUUUAAUAAUUGGAACCAUUUCGUGUUCAGCCAAAAACAAUUGUUCCCAAACAUGUGUAUUUAAAAUGUUAACUUUGCCUAAAAAUAUUGCAGUGACUUUAGAGAGGAGUGCCAAAGGACACGUGACCUUGCUGAACUAGCAGUUGACCCUUUCUGCCGGAACUUACUGCUCAGAGUAGAGAACCCUACAAAGUUAUUGAAAAGAUUCUCUAGCCACAGUCCUCCAGUUUUUCGAAGAUGGAGCCUUUGAGUCCUCUAAACUAUGUCGAGACUAUUAAGUUUUGUGGGCACUUGAAGUCACUGUGAUAGAUGAAUUGUUCCAGAUGCCCUGGAAUGGUUUCAGUCAAAGGAAGGUUUUCACCUCCGGAAAGCCCCCUGAGCUCCCAGCCAAACAUGCCCUUGCUAACUCUACAUCUUCCUCUGUCGUGCCGUCUUAGGAAGGCCCUCCAGGUUGGGUCAGGCACAGCAAUGGCCUUCUGUCUCUUGAUUGUUCGCCAGGCCAAACAGUUGUCUGUUUUUAAUGCUUUUUGUGACCAUGACUCUGUUUUGAUGCCUUUCCCCAUUUUCCGCACCUAUUACCUUUGAGCUUCUUUGCAUCAUGGCUGUUCUUGGAUUCUCUCAUCUGUUCAAAGCUCUUCUAUAACUUCGCUCUAAUGAUUUAACAAUUUUUCUGUGGGUGGAAAAUUCCCCUCAUUUUAAUGCUUCUUCUCUUUUAAAAGACUACAUGCAUUCCUUUUGAAAUGAAGCAUUCCUGGAUUACUUGUUAGUGGUGGUGCAAGGCUGGCUGUGGUGGCCUGGGUGACUCUUCAGGUUGUAGAAUGCUGAUACUUUACUGGUUUAUGAUCACUGAAGGAUAUGUCUGCUCCAAUUUCAAUUCUUUGGUAUAUACUCAGUGCAUCCUAGCAAGGAAGGCUUUCUAUUCCACAGGCUCCUACAGUAAAAGUAGGUUGAAUUUUAUCCUUCACUGAUGGUGGUGCCCUUCUCUCCCCUGUACCCCCUCCACCCAAUUGAGGGAAAAAUCAGAUACCAAGAAUAGUACUGGGAUCAAGCCUUCCUUGCUAGCCAUGUCCUAUUAAUAAGCAUAUUUUUAUGUGGUUUUCACUGCAUUUGGUUUUGUUGGUAAUUUCAUAUUCCUUUGAGGUACAGUCAGAUGAAAUGCUGAGUUCUGAGCAAGUUCCAGAAAGGAGCUGCCUUUCAGCUUUGGAAAAUAUGCAUCCAAAACAAAACCAAAUAUUCCACAAAUUCAGAGGCAAAAUUAUGGUUCUCACCCCCAAAUGAGACUGGGGAUUUUGAAUGUGGCUCUAAGAGUUAACAUUUCUGUCUGUUAUGUAUGCUAGGUGAUACCCUCAGUAGGAUUGACUACUAGACUGUAAGUGUGUUUUAUCAAGGUGUGUAAGAGUAAAAACUCACUUGCACGAAUUGAAAAGUACAGAAAUGACACUUGUGAACGUGUGAACGUUAACACUGUAGUUGGUAGAUCUUAAGCUGCUAAUUGUUGAGAGAGAAUUACGUUUGCAUCUGUCUGGCUGCUGCAGACCUGCAGCAGCACUUUCACUGUACAUACGAAUUGAAAUAAAGACCUCGGCUGUUAAUGAGGUGGUUGGACUCGG